CAUUGGUUUCAACUAUGAACUCUAACCUCUGUGGAAACCACAUGGUCGGUUCGCAGCAUGUCUGUUUCCAAAAUUGUAUUGCAACAAAACGGGAUCAUGAGUAAAGCUAAAGAGAAAAGUGUAAAAAGAAGAAAUUCUGAAGAGGACGAAGAACAGCUUCCUAUUUUUAAUACUGAUGGUGGGGGCAGCAGUCCUAAUGAUGAUGAAGAGGAAGACCUGUCUGACAGUGCAGAGAGCGUGUUCUCAGGUCUAGAGGACUCCGGCAGUGACAGCGAUGAUGAAGAAAGUGACGAUGAGCAUGAAGAAGAGGCACCUACUGCUGAUGAAAAUGGAGAGACUAGCACUUCUGUGGAACAGCCAGAAAAACAAACUCCAGCUCUCCCUCACAGGACAAAGGACAAACCUCAGGGCAAGAAACAGAAGCCACCUCAGAAGGAGAAGAUGAAGAAGGGGAGGGUGAGUGUGGCAGAGGUUGGAAGAGAAGGGGAGAGCGGACGGUCGGAGCCGAACAGCGACGCGUCGAAGCCCACACCCCCGCAGGAGGACGAGUACGAGCAGGACACCUCGGACGAGGAGGAUAUUCGUAACACUGUUGGCAACAUUCCGAUGGAGUGGUACAACGACUACCCCCAUAUUGGCUACGACCUGGACGGGAAGAAGAUCUUCAAGCCAAUCAGAAACAAGGAUGAGCUGGAUGAGUUUCUGGACAAGAUGGAAAACCCUGAUUACUGGCGCACUGUCCAUGAUAAGAUGACUGGCACCGAUAUCCGGCUCUCUGACGAGCAGGUGGAUCUCGUCCACCGUCUCCAAAGGGGUCAGUUUGGGGAUGUCAACUUCAACGAGUACGAGCCUUCUGUGGAUUUCUUCUCCCACGAGACCAUGAUCCACCCUGUGAGCAACCGACCGCAGGACAAGCGCAGCUUCAUUCCAUCCCUAAUCGAAAAGGAGAAGGUGUCCAAGCUGGUGCACGCUAUAAAGAUGGGCUGGAUCAAGCCUCGCAAGCCCAAGGAAACCGGGCCGCAGUACUACGACCUGUGGGCCAAGGAGGACCCCAACGCCAUCUUAGGCAGGCACAAGAUGCACGUGCCCGCGCCCAAGAGCAGGCUCCCGGGGCACGAGGAGUCCUACAACCCCCCGCCGGAGUACCUGUUCACGGAGGAGGAGAAACUGGCGUGGGAGCAGCAGGACCCCGAAGACCGGAAGCUGGCCUUCGUCCCGCAGAAGCACUCCUGCCUCCGCGCCGUGCCCGCCUUCUCCCGCUUCAUCCAUGAGCGCUUCGAGCGCUGCCUGGACCUCUACCUCUGCCCCCGGCAGCGCAAGAUGAGGGUGAACGUGGAUCCCGAGGACCUGAUCCCGAAGCUGCCCAAGCCCAAAGACCUGCAGCCCUUCCCCACCACGCAGUCCCUGGUGUACCGCGGCCACUCCAGCCUGGUGCGCUGCAUUAGCCUGUCCCCCAGCGGCCAGUGGCUGGCUUCGGGCUCUGACGACUGCACCGUGCGCCUCUGGGAGGUCAGCACGGCCCGCUGCAUGAAGACCAUCGAGGUGGGCGGAGCCGUCAAGAGCAUCGCGUGGAACCCCAACCCCGCCAUCUGCCUGGUGGCGCUCGCCUUUAACCAGACGGUGUUGGUGUUGAACCCGGGUUUGGGAGACAAGCUCGUCUGCAGCAGCACCGAUCAGCUCGUCUCCUCGUACGUGGAGCCGGAGGAGGAGAAGGCGCAGUCCGUGCAGUGGGCCGCCGCCGAGGGGAAGGACCACGAGAAGGGAGUCCGCCUCAUCAUCAGCCACCCGAAGGCGGUCAGGCAGGUGACCUGGCACGGCAAAGGGGACUACCUGGCCAGCGUGCUGCCGGACAACACCAGCCUGCAGGUGCUCAUACACCAGAUUAGCAAGCGGCGCUCGCAGAACCCCUUCAGCAAGAACAAGGGCCUGGUGCAGUGCGUGUCCUUCCACCCCAUCCGGCCCUACUUCUUCGUGGCCACGCAGCGCUCCGUCCGCGUCUACAACCUCAUCAAGCAGGAGCUCACCAAGAAGCUCACGGCCAACUGCAAGUGGAUUUCCAGCAUGGCCAUCCACCCCGGAGGCGACAACGUGAUCUGCGGCAGCUACGACAGCCGGCUGGCCUGGUUCGACUUGGACCUCUCCACAAAGCCCUACAAAGUUCUCCGGCACCACAAGAAGGCCCUGAGAGGGGUGGCGUUCCACAGGCGCUACCCGCUCUUCGCCUCCGCCUCCGACGACGGCAGCGUGAUCGUCUGCCACGGCAUGGUCUACAACGAUCUGCUCCAGAAUCCUCUCAUUGUCCCUGUGAAAGUGCUGAAGGGCCACACCGUCACCAACGACCUGGGUGUCCUGGACGUCACCUUCCACCCCACACAGCCCUGGGUCUUCUCCUCUGGAGCCGACGCCACCAUCCGCCUGUUCUCCUAGACCUCCUCAUUGGUGCUCCACACUAGGGGGCGCCACUCACCGAUUCUGACUGUACCCCAAAAGCCUGGGAUGAGCAGUCUUCCUCUGGAUGUCACUAGUUUGCACGCACAAAAGCUGCUGUAACCAAGUCCGUCUGAGGAGGACUGGGAAAAUUUUCUGAUAAGUGCCCCCCAUUCAAAUUUAGAUUAGUGUCUUGUCUUUUGAGUGAUGAUGUAAACAUGUUUUGUUCAUUUCUGUCAGGGAAGUCCAGUGACAGUAGAGCAAAUUAUAUAUAAAAUGGCCUUUGUAUUUCUCAUUUAUUCCUGAUUUUAAAGUCGCAGAAGCUAUUGUUGCCUGAGCGGAGAGAGCCGCAUCCCAGAGAGGACAUUUCUGUGGAGGCAGAAAAAAAAGUUUGCUUCCACACACCGACCCAGGUCUGGACAAGGCUAGCCUGUUCCAGCUUUCUGAAAUACGCAGCUGCCAUUGCUGUGAGCAUAGCACAUAAAGCCCGACCACAAAUGCAUGGAUUCCGAGACCCCUUAUGAAAAGUAAGAUGUUCGUAGAAAAGCGUGCCAAUGGAAACAGCCAUCCAGACCGUAGCUGUUGCUAGCCUUGACAACUGCUUCCCGGCAAAUAAAUGUGCAAGUUCUCCCCUUUAAUUUAAAAAAGGGAAGACGUAUCAAUUUGAAGUUCCGCAGGCCUGGUGUCGGUGAUGUUACGGAGUAGGUGAUAGAUUGUUUUUUACCCGCUAAAUACACCAGACCUUUCCUGUUUCGUAAAAAAAGAGAGAGAAUUAUGCUUUUUAAUUAAACGUGGUGUUCCCUGAAGCGUC